CUGGCGGGGCCCGGGGCUGCAGCUCCCCCUUGCCUGGAUGGAAGCCCGUGUUCAAAUGGAGGUCGCUGCACCCAGCUGUCCUCCCGGGAGGCUGCCUGCCUGUGCCCACCAGGCUGGGUGGGUGAGCGGUGCCAGCUGGAAGACCCCUGCCAUUCGGGUCCCUGUGCUGGUCGUGGUGUCUGCCAGAGCUCGGUGGUAGCAGGCACUGCCCGGUUCUCCUGCCGCUGUCCCCGUGGGUUCAGAGGCCCUGACUGCUCCCUGCCAGACCCCUGCCUCAGCAGCCCCUGUGCCCAUGGGGCCCGCUGCUCAGUGGGGCCUGAUGGCCGCUACAUCUGCUCCUGCCCACCGGGCUACCAGGGCCGCAGCUGUCGAAGUGACGUGGAUGAGUGCCGGGGGGGAGGUCCCUGCCACCACGGUGGCACAUGCCUCAACACACCUGGCUCUUUCCGCUGCCAGUGCCCAGCUGGCUACAUGGGGCCACUGUGUGAGAGCCCUGCAGUGCCCUGUGCUCCUUCGCCGUGCCGUAACGGAGGCACCUGUAGACAGAAUGGCGAGCUCACCUAUGAUUGUGCCUGCCUUCCUGGGUUCGAGGGCCAGAACUGUGAGGUGAAUGUGGAUGACUGUCCAGGGAACCGGUGCCUAAAUGGGGGGACAUGUGUAGAUGGCGUCAACACCUACAAUUGCCAGUGCCCUCCGGAGUGGACAGGCCAGUUCUGCACGGAGGACGUGGAUGAGUGUCAGCUGCAGCCCAAUGCUUGCCACAAUGGGGGCACCUGCUUUAACACACUGGGUGGCCACAGCUGUGUGUGCGUCAAUGGCUGGACUGGUGAGAGCUGUAGUCAGAACAUUGAUGACUGUGCCACGGCCGUGUGCUUCCACGGGGCCACCUGCCAUGACCGCGUGGCCUCCUUCUACUGUGCCUGCCCCAUGGGCAAGACUGGGCUUCUGUGCCAUCUGGACGAUGCCUGUGUCAGCAAUCCCUGCCAUGAGGAUGCUAUCUGCGACACAAACCCGGUGAAUGGCCGCGCCAUCUGCACUUGCCCACCCGGCUUCACCGGUGGCGCGUGUGACCAGGAUGUGGACGAGUGCUCCAUUGGCGCCAACCCCUGUGAGCACCUGGGCAAGUGUGUGAACACACAGGGCUCGUUCCUGUGCCAGUGUGGCCGAGGCUACACGGGCCCCCGCUGUGAGUCUGACGUCAAUGAGUGUCUCUCCGGGCCCUGCCGCAACCAGGCCACAUGCCUCGACCGCAUAGGCCAGUUCACCUGCAUCUGCAUGGCAGGCUUCACAGGCACCUUCUGCGAGGUGGAUAUGGACGAGUGUCAGAGCAGCCCGUGUGUCAACGGCGGGGUCUGCAAGGACAGAGUCAAUGGCUUCAGCUGCACCUGUCCCUCUGGCUUCAGCGGGGCGCUGUGCCAGCUGGACGUGGAUGAGUGCGCGAGCACGCCCUGCAGGAAUGGAGCCAAGUGCGUGGACCAACCUGACGGCUACGAGUGCCGCUGCGCAGAGGGCUUUGAGGGCGCGCUGUGCGAACUCAACGUGGAUGACUGCUCUCCGGACCCGUGCCACCACGGGCGCUGCGUGGACGGCAUCGCCAGCUUCUCCUGUGCCUGCGCCCCGGGCUACACGGGCACGCGCUGCGAGAGCCAGGUGAACGAGUGCCGCAGCCAGCCCUGCCGCCACGGGGGCAAAUGCCUCGAUCUGGUGGACAAAUACCUCUGCCGCUGCCCUCCUGGCACCACAGGUGUGAACUGUGAGGUGAACAUCGACGAUUGUGCCAGCAACCCCUGCACCUUCGGAAUUUGCCGCGACGGUAUCAAUCGCUAUGACUGUGUCUGCCAGCCUGGCUUCACAGGGCCUCUCUGCAACAUGGAGAUCAACGAGUGUGCGUCUGGCCCCUGCGGGGAGGGCGGCUCCUGUGUGGAUGGGGAAGACGGCUUCCACUGCCUCUGCCCGCCUGGCUCCCUGCCUCCACUGUGCCUGCCCCCAAGCCAUCCCUGUGCCCAAGAGCCCUGCAAUCACGGUGUCUGCCAUGACGCGCCAGGAGGGUUCCGCUGUGUAUGUGAUCCUGGCUGGAGCGGCCCCCAGUGCAGCCAGAGUCUCACGCGAGAUGCCUGUGAGUCUCAACCCUGUGGGGCUGGUGGCACCUGCACCAGCAACGGCAUGGACUUCCACUGCACCUGUCCCCCCGGCAUGCAGGGCCAUCAGUGUGAGCUGCUGUCCCCCUGUGCCCCGAACCCCUGUGAGCAUGGGGGCCACUGCGAGCCUGGUCCUGGCCACCUGGCUGUCUGCUCCUGCCCCCCUGGCUGGCAAGGCCCUCGAUGUCAGCAGGAUGUAGACGAGUGUGCUGGCCCCUCGCCGUGCGGCCCCCACGGGACCUGCACCAACCUGGCGGGGAGUUUUAGUUGCACCUGCCACGGGGGGUAUAGCGGCUCUUCCUGUGACCAGGACAUCGAUGACUGUGACCCCAACCCCUGCCUGAAUGGUGGCUCCUGUCAGGACCACGUGGGCUCCUUUUCCUGCUCCUGCCUCCCAGGCUUUGCUGGCCCCCGCUGUGCCCGCGACGUGGACGAGUGUCUGAGCAGCCCCUGUGGCCCAGGCACCUGCACCGACCACGUGGCCUCCUUCACCUGCACCUGCCCCCCGGGCUAUGGAGGCUUCCGCUGUGAGCAGAACCUACCCGACUGCAGCCCCAGCUCCUGCUUCAAUGGUGGGACCUGCUUGGACGGAGUGAACUCGUUCAGCUGUCUAUGCCGCCCUGGCUACACUGGCGCGCACUGCCAGCAGGAGGCCAACCCCUGCCUCUCCCGGCCCUGUCUGCACGGGGGUGUCUGCACGGCCACCUACCCUGGCUUCAUCUGCGCCUGUCCAGAGGGCUUCACUGGCGCUCAGUGUCAGACACUGGUAGACUGGUGCAGCCUUGAGCCUUGUCAGAACAGGGGUCGCUGUGCCCAGACGGGGGCCUCUUUCUACUGCCUCUGUCCUCCGGGGUGGAGCGGCAGCCUCUGUGACAUCCAAAGCCUGCCCUGCAGACAGGCCGCGGCCCAGAUGGGGGUGCGGCUGGAGCAGCUGUGUCAGGCUGGUGGGCAGUGUGUGGACAAGGAGAGCUCCCACUACUGCGUGUGCCCAGAGGGCCGCACAGGCAGCCACUGUGAGCAAGAGGUGGACCCCUGCUUGGCCCAGCCCUGCCAGCACGGGGGCACUUGCCAAGGCUACAUGGGGGGUUAUGUGUGCGAGUGUCCAGCCGGCUACGCUGGUGACAACUGUGAGGAUGACGUGGAUGAGUGUGCCUCGGAGCCCUGCCAGCAUGGGGGCUUCUGCAUUGACCUUGUGGCCCGAUACCUCUGCUCCUGUCCUCCUGGGACGCUGGGGGCUCUCUGUGAGAUUAAUGAGGACGACUGCGGCCCAGGCCCGCCCCAGGACCCAGGUCCGAGGUGCUUGCACAAUGGUACCUGUGUGGACCUGGUGGGCGGCUUCCGCUGUACCUGCCCCCCAGGAUACACGGGCCUGCGCUGUGAGGCCGAUAUCAAUGAGUGUCGCCCGGGCGCCUGCCACGCAGCACACACCCGGGACUGCCUGCAGGAUCCCGGUGGGGGCUUCCGCUGCCUUUGCCGACCCGGCUUCGCAGGUCCCCGCUGUCAGACCGUCCUGUCUCCCUGCGAGUCCCAGCCCUGCCAGCAUGGAGGCCAGUGCCGUCCUGGCCCAGGCUCUGGGGGUGCACUGACCUUCACCUGCCAUUGUGUCUCGCCGUUCUGGGGCCCGCGGUGUGAGCGGGUGGCACGAUCGUGCCGGGAGCUGCAGUGCCCAUGGCGGCAGUGCGCGGCGCUGCAGUGCUGGCGCCUCUUCAACAACAGCCGCUGCGACCCCGCCUGCAGCUCCCCCGCCUGCCUCUACGACAACUUUGACUGCCGGGCUGGAGGCCGCGAGCGCACCUGCAAUCCGGUCUAUGAGAAGUACUGCGCGGACCACUUUGCAGACGGCCGCUGCGACCAGGGCCACUUCCUGCAGCGGCUCAGUGCCAUCCUGCGCACUUCCCUGCGCUUCCGCCUGGACGAGCGCGGCCAGGCCAUGGUCUUCCCUUACCACCGGCAGGACCCCGGCUCUGAAGCCCCGCACUUGCGCGAGCUGGCCCCCGAGGUGAUUGGCUCAGUGGUGAUGCUGGAGAUUGACAACCGACUGUGCCUGCAGUUGCCCGAGAAUGACCACUGCUUCCCUGACGCCCAGAGUGCGGCCGACUACCUGGGAGCGCUGUCCGCGGUGGAGCGCCUGGACUUCCCAUACCCACUGUGGGCUGCGAGGGGGGAGCCGCUGGAGCCGCUGGAGCCUAGUGUGCCGCUGUUGCCGCUGCUGGCUGCCAGUGCGGUCUUUCUGCUGGUCAUCCUGGUCCUGGUGGUCAUGGUGGCCCGGCGCAAGCGUGAGCACAGCACCCUCUGGUUCCCCGAGGGCUUUGCGCUGCACAAGGACGUGGCCGCUGGCCACAAGGGCCGGAGGGAGCCUGUGGGCCAAGAUGCGCUGGGCAUGAAGAAUAUGGCCAAGGGGGAGAGUCUGAUGGGGGAGGUGGCAACAGACUGGAUGGACACAGAGUGCCCAGAGGCCAAGCGACUGAAGGUAGAGGAGCCUGGCGUGGGGGCCGAGGACGCUGUGGAUUGCCGCCAGUGGACUCAACACCACCUGGUUGCUGCUGACAUCCGCGUGGCACCAGCCAUGGCCUUGACGCCGCCGCAGGGGGAGGCGGAUGCUGAUGGCAUGGAUGUCAACGUGCGUGGCCCAGACGGCUUCACCCCGCUAAUGCUGGCCUCCUUCUGCGGGGGGGCCUUGGAGCCCAUGCCAGCUGAGGAGGACGAGGCAGAAGACACGUCAGCCAGCAUCAUCUCAGACCUGAUUUGCCAGGGGGCCCAGCUUGGGGCGCGGACUGACCGCACGGGUGAGACGGCCUUGCACCUGGCUGCCCGUUAUGCCCGGGCUGAUGCCGCCAAGCGGCUGCUGGAUGCUGGAGCAGAUACCAAUGCCCAAGACCACUCAGGGCGCACCCCCCUGCACACGGCUGUCACCGCCGAUGCCCAGGGCGUCUUCCAGAUUCUCAUCCGGAACCGCUCCACAGACCUGGAUGCCCGCAUGGCAGAUGGGUCGACUGCAUUGAUCCUGGCGGCCCGCCUGGCGGUGGAGGGCAUGGUGGAAGAGCUCAUUGCUAGCCACGCUGAUGUCAAUGCUGUGGACGAACUUGGGAAAUCAGCCUUACACUGGGCUGCAGCUGUCAACAAUGUGGAGGCCACCUUGGCCCUGCUCAAAAAUGGAGCCAACAAGGACAUGCAAGAUAGCAAGGAGGAGACACCACUGUUCCUGGCUGCCCGGGAGGGCAGCUAUGAGGCUGCCAAGCUGCUGCUGGAUCACUUUGCCAACCGGGAGAUCACUGACCAUCUGGACAGGCUGCCCCGGGACGUGGCCCAGGAGAGGCUGCACCAGGACAUCGUGCGCUUGCUAGACCAGCCCAGUGGGCCGCGCAGUCCCCCGGGCUCCCAUGGCCUGGGCCCCCUGCUCUGCCCGCCCGGGGCCUUCCUCCCUGGCCUCAAGGCGGCACAGUCGGGGGGCAAGAAGAGCCGAAGGCCACCAGGGAAAGCAGGGCUGGGACCACAGGGCACCCGGGGCCGGGGCAAGAAGCUGACGCUGGCCUGCCCGGGUCCUCUGGCUGAGAGCUCAGUCACACUGUCGCCUGUAGACUCUCUGGACUCCCCACGGCCCUUUGGUGGGCCCCCUGCAUCCCCUGGAGGUUUCCCCCUCGAGGGGCCCUACAUGAGUGCCACCACCACGGCUGUGUCCCUGGCACAACUUGGUGGUGUGGGCAGGGCAGGUCUAGGGCGCCAGCCCCCCGGGGGCUGUGUACUCAGCCUGGGCUUGCUGAAACCUGUGGCCGUUCCCCUUGACUGGGCCCGGCUGCCCCCACCUGCCCCACCAGGCCCCUCGUUCCUGCUGCCACUGGCACCGGGAGCCCAGCUGCUGAAUCCUGGGACCCCCAUGUCUCCUCAGGAGCGGCCCCCACCAUAUCUGGCUGUUCCGGGACAUGGUGAGGAGUAUCCGGUACCUGGGGCUCAUGGCAGCCCCCCCAAGGCUCGCUUCCUCCGGGUCCCGAGUGAGCAUCCCUACCUGACCCCAUCCCCUGAGUCCCCUGAGCACUGGGCCAGCCCCUCGCCUCCCUCACUGUCAGACUGGUCUGAUUCCACACCCAGCCCAGCCACUGCCAGUAGGGCCACGGCCACAGCUGCGGGGACACUUCCUGCCCAGCCACUCUCCCUGUCUGUCCCUGGCCCCCUAGUUCAGGCUCAGACCCAGCUGGGGCCCCAGCCUGAAGUCACUCCCAAGAGGCAGGUGUUGGCUUGAGAUGCUCCUCAGUUCUUGGGGUUUGGGCAACUGAAGAGACACCCUAUCCUGAUUCUGUUCUCCCCCAUUUUCCUUUAAUCUUUUUCAUUCUCUUUUCUCUUUUCCAAUCCCCCUGCACCCCCUACCCCUUCAGUGUGACUGACAUAGUUUACCAGCCUAGGGCUUCAAUCUUCCCUUAUUUGUAAGGGGUUCAGGCUGACCCCCACCCAUGGGUCUUGUGAUGAGUCUGGGACCACCUCCUGUCCUCCCCUGUCCUACUCUCCAACUCACCCUUCCUUCCUUUCUUGCCUCCUCUGGCCUCUUUCACUCCUCACACUCUGACAUGAGUGGAUUAUUAUUUUUUUUUUACAUUUUGUAUAGAAACAAAAUUCAUUUAAACAAACUUAUUAUUAUUAUUAUUAUUUUUUACAAAAUAUAUAUAUGGAGAUGCUCCCUGCCCCCCUGCAAACCCCCCAGUGCCCCCAUGGGGCUGAGUCUGUGGGCCCAUUUGGCCAAGCUGGAUUCUGUGUACCGAGUACACAGGCAUGACUGGGAUCCUGUGUACCGAGUACAUGACCCUGGUGUGUACCAAGUAGUCACCCUUGGGCGCACCCUCUGGGGCCAGGGGUUGGCAAGAUGUGGGAGCUUCCUCCCCACCCCAUGUCCCUCACUUCACUGCAUUCCAGAUGGAACUUGUUCUAUAGCUUUGCUGGGGAAAGGGCUCUUCUAUCUCAGAGAGCCCACCCCCAGAUUGUCUCCCCACCCUUGAGCCUGGGCCACCUUCCUUUGGGAACUUGGGGGUGGGUGGUGGGAACGUGAGGAUUAGGGGAGAUAUGUGCAUUUCACUUUGUGUCCCUGUACAUAUGGGACUGCAAGAUGGGAAGGAGCUGCCUGAGUGGCACCUCUCCUGGUACUCCCCUGGCCCAGUGCCAUGGCAGAAUAUAAGUAUUUUUAGGCAAUUUUUGUAAUAUGGCUUCUGAUCACAAUUUCUGUGUAGCUAAGUUCCCAUUGUACAGCCCCCACUCCCCUCACCACCUAAUAAAGGAAUAGUUAACACUCA